CGCAAGUAAAACACGCAUCCUUCUACUCCAGCGAAGGUUUCGGUUUCGCCGUUGAUGCAAAGGACUGACAUGAUCCCUGCAGUUUUUAAAAAAAUCAAGCUGAAACAUUGAAGAUGUCUGAUUCGAGGAGAAGGUCUAGAGGGAGUCAAGAGGAGUCAGCGGGAACGUCCAAUGGACUGGGUGGGCGGAACAGGUCAGAGAGAGCUUGUGAUAUGGGUGAUGAAGAUGAUACUGGUGCCGGACCCUCAGCUAUUAGUGAGGAAGAUGAUGAUCCAACACACAGGAGAGAGAUCAGGAGCAAGUACAGGGAUCUGAUCAAUCAUGUCCAGCAAAAUCGUGAGGACAUGCUGAACCCAGCUAACAAUAAACUCACUGAUGUUUUAGAAGAGGCCAACAAACUUUUUGCCAAUGUGAGUCGGGCUCGUGAAGCAGCGCUGGAUGCUCAACUCCUGGUAUUAGCCACUGAUAUAGGGAAGGAAAAGGCCAGCCAGCUACGUGCUGAAGGCUCUGCGUUUGACCCGUCUGCAUUUACAGAACAUUUGUUGUCCUUCAUGGGUCUGAAUCGUUUUGAGGAUGAAAGUGGUCAGGAUGGGAACUUAGAGGGAUAUUUACCACAAAGUGCCUGGCAGAGGCUUGCAAAGAGAUCUGAGUUUUGCUUCAAAACAGCCCCCUCAUUCCACUACAUCCUUGGCUCGUUUCUGGCAGAGCCUCCUCCUCUACGGCAGAGAGUUGAAAGACAAAGGAAAGCACCCAGUAAAGAGGCCAAACGAAUGAUGCCCACCCAGCUGAAGAAAAUGGAAGAAUCUAACCUGGAGGCGACAGAGAGAGAGGUCGAAAGAAUUCUUCAAUGUCUGCGAAAAUACUUUGCUCAUGACCCAAAGGAACCCAUUUCAUAUUACAAGUUCGUCAUUGACCCCAACUCCUUCUCCCGGACUGUGGAGAACAUCUUCCACAUGUCUUUCCUCAUAAGGGAUGGUUUGGUGAAAAUGAACUUGGAUAAGUAUGGUCUUCCUUGUAUAGCUCCAGUAAAGAAAGGUGAGGUAGAGCUUGGUAGAGCUGCUGUCCGACAUCAAUGUGUCAUCUCCAUCAACCAGGAAACCUGGAGGGAAAUCAUCGAUGCCUUUGAUAUUAAGGGAGCUUUUAUCCCUCCUUCAGAAGUUUUGUCGCAGGAAGGCUAAGUUGGAGGAUAGUUAGCGGCAGCCACCAAAAUAUUUCUGGUCAAUUGUGUGCCUAUAGAGGGUGUCUGCAUGCUUAAAUAUUUCUCUCUGUUCACAUGGGA